AGUAGAACUGGCCCUUGUCGGGUCGGACAGGGGAUCUCGGUCAGAUACCUACUCCGACGUUGAUGCUCUAAAAGCAAGUGCCCUGCGGUAAAAACUGUGUGGAAAUAGCAGCUUCCAGCGGGUAGAUAAAGCAGAGACUGCUAGAGGCAGAGGGAGAGGUUGAGUUGAGCGUUUCGAGAGAGAGAGAGAGAGGGAGCAAAAAUUAGGGUUUUGAUAUCUCAAGCAGGAAGAGACGAUGCCUUGCCUGAACCUCUCUACCAACGCGAGCCUGGAGGGCGUCGACACCUCCUCCAUCCUCAAGGAAGCCACCACCACCGUCGCCAAACUCAUCGGCAAACCCGAAGCCUAUGUCAUGAUUGUGUUGAAGGGUUCAGUACCCAUGUCUUUUGGUGGGACUGAGGAGCCAGCAGCUUAUGGUGAGUUGGUUUCCAUUGGGGGCCUUACUCCAGAUGCGAACAAGAAGCUUAGUGGUGCAAUUUCAGCAAUACUUGAAACCAAGUUGUCUGUUCCCAAGUCACGAUUCUUCCUGAAAUUCUAUGACACCAAGGGCUCUAACUUCGGAUGGAAUGGGACCACCUUCUAAGUACCGUAGCACUCUUGGUGUAUUACCUUGAUUCUAUCUUGAACAGGAUGCUAUGUGUGGAAUCAAGACAAUAUUUCUAUUGUAACUUGGAAUUAUGACUUAUGGUAGUAUUGGGAAGGACAGUAUACCUUCAAGUUUUAUGUUAUGAUGACUCAGAAUCAAACUAAAUGCCUUCUUUAUGCGCAUCCUUUUUUCAUGAACUUUCUUGCACUUAGGGUGAAAAUGUUGAGGGAAUCUUCUCUUCUUUUUUCCCCUCUUGUUGAGAAAACACGCCUUCGGGCUUAAGCUAUGUAGUGAUGUCCAGCUAUACUGGUGAAACGUAAUGGUCGUGAUUUUAUAUACUCAUGGUUCAUGGUUCA